AUGCCUGGCCCUCUCCGAGACUACUGCCUCGGCUCCGCUGUGGACAGUCAGUGGGAUGACAAAGCGCUGUUCGGCUUGGCCUGUUGUGAAGACGCCUGCGCAGACUGCUUCAUCUUCCUCCCGGCUGUCUUGUUCCUAGCUUGCCAUGAAAGCAAAAGUUAUCAGCCAGGCUCGGUGAUGCUCAUGUUGACACCCCAACUCAUUACUGACCUCGUGACUUCAAGUGUCGACUAG